AGGCCCCGCCGCGCCCGCGAUCGCUGGCUCAUGGGCGUCGCCGGCUCCUGGGCUCUGGCCCGCCUGGGCCUCCCCGCUUCGCCCGGGCCCCGCUGGCUCGGGGUCGCCGCGCUGGGCCUGGCCGCCGGGGCGCUGGGGGCCGUCGCCUGGCGCCGCGCGCGGCCGGGGCGGCGCCGGCGGCUGCAGCAGGUGGGCACCGUGGCGGAGCUCUGGAUCUACCCGGUCAAGUCCUGCAGGGGGGUGUCGGUGAAGGCUGCGGAGUGCACGGCCCUGGGGCUGCGCAGCGGUCACCUGCGGGACAGGUUUUGGCUUGUGAUCAACAAGGCGGGGAACAUGGUUACUGCUCGACAGGAACCCCGCCUGGUCCUGAUUUCCCCGACCUGUGACGGUGACGCCCUGACCCUCAGUGCAGCCUACACGACAGACCUGCGGCUGCCCAUCAGAGCACCCACCACAAAUGCAGUGCACAAGUGCAGAGUGCAUGGCCUGGAGAUCGAGGGCAGGGACUGUGGGGAGGAGGCGGCCCAGUGGAUAACAAACUUCCUGAAGACACAGCCCUACCGCCUGGUGCACUUUGAACCCCACAUGCAACCGAGAAAUUCUCACCAAAUAGAAGACCCAUUCCGACCCACAGACCAGAUCCCAUACUCAGAUGCCAGCCCCUUCUUGAUCCUUUCUGAGGCAUCGUUGGCAGAUCUCAACUCCAGGCUAGAGAAGAAAGUUAAAGCAGCUAACUUCAGGCCCAAUAUUGUAAUUUCAGGAUGUGGUGUCUAUGCAGAGGACUCAUGGAGUGAGCUUCUUAUUGGUGACGUGGAACUGAAAAGGGUGAUGGCUUGUUCCAGGUGCAUUUUAACCACAGUGGACCCGGACACGGGUGUCAUGAGCAGGAAGGAGCCACUGGAGACCCUGAAGAGAAUUCAUGAUCCAAACACAGUUACAAUGCAACAACAACACAUGGUUUCGAUGCUUUGGCAGCUUUAUUAUGGACUGAGUAUUUGGUGACAUCACAAAUUCAUUAGGUGUGAUAAGGGCUUUCUGGUGCUGGAAGAAAUGCCUAUACGUUUUAAGAGAAGCAUGUUAAAGUAUACAGGAGUGAAGUGAUGUGAUAUCUGGGGUGUGCUGUGUACUAUUUUAGCAAAAGAACACAUGGAGAAAUGUGUCAAAUCUUGAUAAAUAGAACCUGGGUGAUAAUUAUGUAGGCAUUCAUUGCACUAUUUUUCUUUCGGAUCUAAUAUCUUUAUUUUUUUAAGGACUAUUAUUGAGAUAUAAUUGACAUACAAUAAACUGCAUAUAUUUAAAGCGUACAAUGUGAUAUUCAUUGCACUAUUUUUUCUACUUUUAUGUUUACAUUAAGUUUUCAUAAUAACUUUUUCUUUUUUGGUUCUGUUGCAUGGCAUGUGGGAUCUUAGUUCCAUGACCAGGGAUCAGACCUGAGCCCCCUGCCGUGGAAGCGCAGAGUCUUAAACUGGACCACCGGGGAAGUCCCGUAACAAUUUUUUAGUGAAAGAAGACAGGCAAUAAGUUUAAAUUGCAUAGAUCAAUAUUUAAGAUAACAUUCAUUUUAAAAAGCUGAUUACAAUAUAGUAUUAUAGUAUUGACUUUUUUGUUUAUUUGAUUUUCCUUUUUAAAAUAUAUAAAUGUGCCUGAGUAGCUAAAAGGCUGGAAGGCUGUAAACCGAAACAUUAAUGAAGGUGCUCUUUUGGUAAUGGAAUUAUGGAGAAAAUAUAUAUUCUAAUAUGUAGCCUCUAAACUAUCUGUAAUCAACCUGCAGUACUUCUGCUAAAACAACAAUUCAUGUUUCACGCACUUCUGUACUGUCAUCUGCCAAAUCUGUGGCUGGGAUAUUGCUGAAACCCUGAAAUGGUCAUCUUUACUGGUUCCUUCCAAGCUGAAUGCAGGAUCACCGGUGGGGUAUCAGGUCUCAUGUCUGCAGCCCCUGAGACCCUUGGCUUUGACCCUGACAUGCGUCCUUGGGUAUCACUUGCAGAGGGGGAGGGGGAAGUUAGGGAGGAGGGGGACCCCUGCUUUAGGUAAAAACCUGGAAGACUUGAGGAAAGAAUGCAGUGGAAGUUUGGCCAUCUGACAUCAAAGCCCUCAUGAAAGAGCAAGUUAAGGGGAGGUUAUGCUCGGACUUGUGUGAACCAAACUUGUUCCCCUGGAAUAGGAGUCUGUUUCAUUCCAUCUCUCAUCAAGCUUGUGGCCCUCUUCGGACCAAAAAUGUAGUCUCCUUUGAUCAGCACCCAACCCUCUCUGCUGAUCCUGCUGUCCGAGAAGCUACUAUCUGGCCCCCUCCCUGGGCAGGCUGAAGCCUGGGGCGAGGGGCUCUGUCUCAUUCAGCAUGUUGCCUCCAGACAAGAAGCCAGCACCUAUGGUCCAGGAAGAGCAGUGUCCUGCAUCAGGGCCAGGCUGCAGCGAGGUAAACAGCCGGCAUUCCAGGGGCCAGGCCACAUGGCAGAGAGGGAGGUCAGGAAGGGGUCAAACGAGGUGGGCUGGAGGGAGGUUGGGAGGGGAGGUUCAGAGAGGAAUUCUUGACGUGAAGGGCAAAUGUCCCCACCAUUGGGUGUGGAUUUGCAGGAACCUUCAAAGAGGGGGCUACAGACCAGCCUAAGGCAAAUCCCAUCAUUUUGAGGGAUAUUGUAUAUUUCUCAGCACCCAAAACAACAUUAAUUUUCUGUAAAAAGUUAAUCUUAAGAACCUUUAAGAUUUGUACAUCUCACUCUGUGUAAAUUUUAAUCCCCCCAAAACAAGUAAAGAAAUUUUAACCCUAGGAAAUGAUAUGCCAGCUGAACUGUUUAAAGGUGAAAUUUACUGAAGUCUGCAACUUACUUGGAAAUGGAAAAAAAAUUACGAUGGAUUGAUGGAUGAAUACAUGAUAAGGGAAAUGUGGUAAAAUGUCAUGUGUAGGGUCCAAAAGGUUGGUAAUUGGAUGGUCUCUGUAAAAUUUUCUGAACUUGUUUCCUGUUUGAGGAUGGUCACAAUAAAAUGUUGGGGAAGAGACUACUGGAUGUGAUUGGACACUCCAGAGAGGAGUGGUUCUGAGAACCAGCCAUGAUAGACUAAUGAUUCCUCAAAAUGUGCUGGCUCACUCACCAACAUAACAAAUCAGAAUUUGGUCUCUCAUUCUCCUGUGGCCGCAGAGGAGCUACGUGGAGGAAGAAGGCAGGGGUGGGCCCAGGAAAGCAUCCUGUCACGGGUGUUGGGAACCCUGGUUCUGCCAGGUGAUCAGCAGGCGCCACUCUGGCUCAGGCCCUGGCUGUUCUUCCCUAUGACAUCAGUGGGGCUGGACAGACGUGAUGGUUCUGUGUGCAAACCAGCGUGGGGAUUUGGGGAAGUGACCAUCACCCUUUUUCUUUUUCAAAUAUUUAUUUAUUUACUUUAUUUACUUGGCUGUGCUGGGUCUUAGUUGUGGCACCUGGGCUCUUAGUUGCGGCAUGCGGGAUCUAGUUCCCUGGCCAGGGAUCAAACCUGGGCCCCUGCAUUGGGAGUGCGGAGUCUUAACCACUGGACCACCAGGGAAGUCCCCGUCAUCCUGUUUUUUUUUUUUUUUUUUACAUCUAGUUCUCUCUCUGCUCCCAACACCGUGCUUGGUGUCUGGCACCUUUCUCUCUGGAAUCAGAAAGUGUCUGUGUUUGGGCCAGUCCUCUGAAUCUUCAGUGUCCCUACCCCCCACCCCCAUCGGGAGCCUGUGUUUAUAGAAGGAGGAUAAUUGACCCCAGUGUAGAGCGAAGGCGGGCAGGCAGGGUCUCCGGGAGCAGCACAGCCCUCCUGGUCUCCUGUAGGCUCUCAGCAGCUCAACCAUUCCACCCUAAUUGCUCCUAAUACCCCAGGAGACGGGGCAGCCGGCCUAGGUGUCUUCUCCUGUAUCUUACUGAGAUUUAAAUUGCCAAGGAUGCAGUAAUUUAUGUUUUCCCCAGGACAGACGGCCAUAAAUCGGGAAGAGAAAGGCCUGGCCGCCUGACAUCAAUCAUGGAAGCGAAGCAAAGUGGUGUCAGGAUCAUCCUCUCUGCUUUCCGGGCUCCCGGGCAGGAUGCUGGGCGCCGCACUGC